CUGACGUAUUUCCCGAUUGAUUUUGUUGACAGGAAGCAGUGCGCUGUGGGAUCCACAGAACGGUCCACGCAGGCGAGGUGGGCCCGCCGUCUGUGGUGAAGGAGGCUGUAGAAGUGCUGAAAGCUGAACGUGUUGGACACGGUUACAGAACCCUGGAAGACCAAGUUUUGUACAAGAACCUGCUGGCUCAGAACAUGCACUUCGAGGUGUGUCCUAUUUCCAGUAAGCUGACAAGUGCCUGCGAACCAGACUUCACCAAGCACCCUGCCAUCAGGUUCAGGAAGGACAAAGCUAAUUACUCCCUGAAUACAGAUGACCCUCUGAUCUUUAACUCAAGCCUGCACCUCGACUACAGCACCGCGCACACAUACAUGGGAUUCACCGACGAGGAAUUCAAACGACUGAACAUCAGUUCUGCUCAGUCGAGCUUCCUGCCUGAGGAGGAGAAGAAGGAUCUCGUCCAGAGACUGCACGAGGCCUACGGGAUGAUAAAGUGUACCGCCUUUUAAAAAUCUGAAGAAGGAGGAAGGAGGAAACGUGACCUAACCCAGGGGCGAAUCGCUCUGAACCCUUUAUCUCCUGACCCGACACCAUGGGAUGUCCUCAUUUGUAACCUAAUAUAUCAAAAAUGCUGUUUAUCUUCUGCCUUCACAUCACAUAUUUGUUCAUCACCAGCUUGUGUUUUGUCAGUAUUCUACCAUCCAAGUACUUAUGUAUACCUUUUUAUACUUUAGUUUACAUGAGACUUUCCACAGGAUGUCAUGGUGCUCUGCAAAGUUAAGAAUAAUACGGGUGCUUUGUGUUUUUAAAGCCGAUUUUGUUUAUAUGAAAACAUUUUUCAUCUUGUGUUUACAACCUGUCGUUAUAAAGAGAAUCAGGGAAGCUUUUUAAUGCACAACUACUUCAGUUUUUAACAUUUUGUCAGCACGUAAGUGAGGGAUAAGCUUGGUAAUUUGACGUUAAAGGAGGGUAAUAGAGGAAUGUAAUACUUAUGGUUUACUGUGAAUAUCCAUUGUUUGGUUAAAGGGAGGAGUGAGGAAAUCCUGUCAUGUUUGCCCUUCACACCAUAAACAGCUCAAUACCAAAGGUGAAGUCUUACAUUUGAACACUAGGGGGCGCACUACGGUCACCUAGCUGGACAAACCAGUGUCUUAAUGUGGUUUAGCAUAUCAUAAUUACUCAAUUCAUUUUGAUGUAUAUGCUUAUUUAAAAUAUAAUUUUCAUUUCACUUGUUAAAAAAAAGCACUUCCAUUUAUAAAACACAUGUAUGACAUGUAUGGAAAACAUAUUUGAAUAUAAUAAAAAAGCUUUUAAGAUGUU